AGAAGCCCGAUGUUUCUGUUGCCUGUUGCAUGGUGACAGAAAAUUUUCAUCUGGAACCAAAACACAAAAGCAAAUUCUAAAUUGUGAAUAAAUCAUUAUUUGAAGAAAAUUAGUUCAGCUGCAGUCAUGGGCAGUGGAACAGCGCGCCUCAUUGCGAGAUACAUAAAGAAGAAUGACGCCAUCUUGUCGUGCAUGUGCCGGGAUGUGAACUUCAGCUGGCAUUACUCCGCCGUGCUCGGCUUCCUGGGAAUGGUUUUCAACGUCCUGGACUUCUCGAGGCUGCUGAUUGGCGGGCCCUCCCUCACAGAGCAGGUCCUGUCCAAGACCUGCUACAGGAUCAGGAUUGGAGUGUGGCUGAGCCUGGACGAGCGCUCGGAGCGGGUGCUGGCGAUGCUGGCAGCCUGCAUAUCCGCGCCCAUCUACUACGCCCUCCUGUUCGGCCUGUUCAAGGGCGAGGCCUGGCCGCUGGUGCCCUACCUCGUGUUCCAGUCGGCCACGCUGGGCCUGCACUGCGCGCUGUUCGCGGUGAACCUGUGCGUGCAGGGGGUGCACAUGUCUCGCCUCAGGGUGUUCCGCGCAGUGUGCCUCUUCCACAACUGGGUGCAAGUGCUGUGCGUGUACCAGUCCAUGCUCACCUUCAAGGACUACUGCAGCGCGCAGUGAAGGGGGGGCGACUACUUGGCGUACCGUCGCGACGCUAGCGCUCCUCGCUGGCAGCGGCAACUCCCAGAAUCACCGCAGCCUGCGUCUCUCGUCGUCGUACAGUACCGUUUCAUAAACAUUCGUGGGCACAUCUCUCGUCAUAAUACCUAUCAUCCAGAGGACAAGGAAAAAAAAAAAUUCUGUUUCAGUAAAGCGUGAAACCUCAAAAGAAAAAAAGUUAUUAUAAAAAUAUGUUUCUGACUUGUUUGAAUGUAAAAUAUUAGUAAACGAAAGCAUGAACGCCAGCGUAUGUGGAUUUAUUUUUACUAUUAAAUGAAUAAACAUCAAGUUGUUUGUGCUUGUCGCAAUUAAAUAUAGAAUUAGUUAUAGUUUGAAUACCAUAUCUCUCGUGAUUAAAAUAAACGUUUAGUAAAUAGUUACUGACCAUCACACACCAUCUUCAUACUUACAUAUUUAGCUUUCAGACAAUCUCACGUACUGUCUUUAUAACCUUGU